AGGGAAACAGGUGUAGCAACACUCUUUUGUCAUCAUUAUAAGCAGUUUGAGGACAAUGUUGCUGGUGCUUCUUACAUAUCAGCUUGCCGGACUCCUCUUCGCCCAGGGUCAAAAUGCCUGUUUUACACACUCCACAUUUAGAAGUCCAGCUAACUCAGACAUGGAGGUCUUCUGUGGCUCUCAGACAGUGAACCUCCAGAUCCUCCUCUGUCCCGUCUACUUCAAUGGUUACAACGAGACGCUGCUGUCACUCAACUCACAGCACUCCAAACACCAGUGUAAGGGGACCCCUGACUGGACUGCUGACCCACCUGUGGUCAAAUUCAACUUCUCCAUCACAGAGGAGGGGAUCACUGCUUGCUCCAGCAAGCUGACUGUCACUCAAGAGUCGGGGACUGGACAGUUUGCAGACUUCUCCAGUGUCCAGUAUAUCAACAUCACAGGCAUGGUGUGCUCAAAGGACCCCACCACAGGAGCCAUCACUUAUCACCAAGAAGUGAUGUACCAGUUCUCCUGUCGCUACCCACUGCAGUACCUGGUCAACAACACUCAGAUGAGCGUGUCAGGGGUCAACCUGGCAGUAAAAGAUAAUAAUGGGAGUUUCAUCAGCACACUGAGCAUGGGACUGUACUCUGAUGAAAACUACUCCACCAUGCUGCAGAUCCCUGCAGGAGGUCUGGAUCUGAAGACCAGGAUCUUUGUACAAGUAAAGGCAUCUAACCUCACUAACAGAUUCAACGUGCUCCUGGACCGAUGUUACGCCACCACCACGCCUUUCCCCCUCAACACCUCGUCUUAUGAUCUCUUCGUUGGGUGUAACCGAGAUGGCCAGACAAUGAUGGGAACCAAUGGAGAGCAACAGGAGGCCCGCUUCUCCUUCGAGACGUUUCGCUUUAUUCAAAGCUCAGAAGAAUUAAUCUCUACUUACUACGUCCACUGUGCCACCAGGCUGUGUGUGAGCUCCUUCUGCCCCAGCCUCACUCAGAAUUGCACCACCAGCACCAGCUCAAGGAGGCGCCGCAGUGCCAGCAACAACCAGGACACGACUGUGAGCGACAUGGCCACCAUCAGCUCAGGCCCCAUCAUGACCCGCACCCGCACCGGUCCUCAGCAGACUCAUGAUAACAGCACUGUGGUGGCUGUUUCAGUCAUAGCAGGCAUUGUUGGAGUAAUCUGCGUUACAUUAGUGGCUUUCAUCAUUUACCAGAUGUACAACUCCAAUUUCAGAUUCAACAAGGAUAUCCUGAAAGAGUGACGCAGGUUAAUAAAACUGAAAUGAUUUUGUUUAUGGGAGCAUGUGAUUGAGAUAAAUGAGCCUGGGUCAUAAACUUUUACUUAACUUUUG